AUGGCCCCUCGCGCCGCCCGCGGAGCACGCUCGCUCAAGGCGGCUGCCAAGGCCUCGCGUGGCGCCGCCUCAAAGUUCGAGGCCGCUCCCGUCGAGCGCAAGCGCCACGAUGUGGUCGGCCAGCGCAAGCCGCGCGCGCCAAAGUCGUCCAGCGCCGCUCGGAAGCGGUCCGAGGCGGAGCGGCGCGAGACGCUGGCGGUGGAGUACCGGAACCAGCACCGUAGCAACGUGCUGAUCGAUGGCCGCUUUGGCGAGGCGGACGACAACCUGCCCGCCGAGGAGAAGCACUAUGCGCGGCUGCAGCGCGAGAGGCUUCGGCAGGCGCGCUCGUCCAAGUUUGCGCUCGAGGAGCCGUCCGCGGCGGCGCUCGACGCGGCGAUCGCCAAGCACAAGCUCGCGCGCCUCGACCGCAAGGAGGAGCGGGAGCGGGAGCGGCAGCUCGACGUGCAGUCGCUGCUGCUCGGUGGCGCCGCCGGAAAGGCGGCGGCCAAGCCGAGUGGGGCCGGCAAGGCGGGCGGCGCGGGAGGCGAGGGCGCAGCAUCGUACAGCGACUACCACACGCUGCUGGCGGCGAUGGGCGGGGAGGUCAAGGCGCAGCCGUCGGACCGGCUAAGGGGCCUAGAUGCGUGA